GGCCAUUCAAAUGCCGUAUCGGCAAAACGCCUUUAAACCAUUCCCUGAUGACAACACCAAAGUGCACUCUCACCUGGAAACAGCGUCACGCAGUAUCUAGAGAUACCAUCGCGAGAUCAACCAAUGUCACCGUUGAACUUGAAGCUCAAGGUGCUACUCUGGCUUCAACAUUCAUUUCGGAUCAACUGCCGCCUCUUCCUACUCUUUCAGAGAUACCAAGCCCAAAGCCAGUAUCUGUUGUCAACUCGGAUUCAUUCACCAUCGCGAGAAGACUGAUAUCAGAUGAUCCACAUAAUGCAACGGGGAAGACGGCUGUGUUGAACCUAGCGAGUGACCAAAGACCAGGUGGAGGAUGGGAUACGACGUUAUCUAAAACUCAAGAAGAAGCCCUCUGUUACUCCUCGACUCUUUUCUCCACUCUAUCCCCUUCCUAUUACCCAUGGCCUAAUCUCGGUCCUGGAUCUAUUGCGGGAGUAUUCUCGCCUGGCGUCGUUAUCUUCAAGCACGACCUCGAUCACGACUGUGUUGACCUUCCCAAUAAAGAGCGAUGUGUUGUCUCUGUCCUCACUGUUGCUGCUCCCUGCGGUCCUGAGUUGACGAAAGACGAGCAGAGGUUUGUUAAGGAGAGUGAUCUGCAGGAUUUGAGGGAGAAGAUUAGGCUGGUGUAUAGGAUGGCGGGAUGGAAUGACCAGGAGUUUCUGGUCCUCGGUGCUAUGGGCUGCGGCGCGUAUCGUUGCCCUCCACUACUCGUUGCAAACGAGAUGCGUGAUAUCCUUCUCGAAUCUGAAUUCAAGGGCCGCUUCAAGAAGGUCAUAUUUGCGGUGUACAGUUCUCCUGGUAAUGGUGCCAGGAAUUUCGAGGUCUUCGAGAAAGUGUUCAAAGGCGUUGAGGUUUAACACCAAAGGUCAAAGAUCCAGGAAAUUUUUCAAAACAGAGAUUAGUGAUAACUGCAGGGAAUUGUAAGGUACAUUUGUAACUCCAACCUCGUCUUCUCGUCUCUCAGAUUGGACUGAACUCGACCAGAUCUACCUCUCCAGCCCCAUAUAAAUUUUCGAACUUAAGCCCGCAGUUUUUACUAGAUCAGUCAACACGCAUCAGUACGUUGGAUUUCAGACCAUACAAAUUCUACUCACCCUAGUUCGAUGAACUCGGGAAG